CUUCCUCGAUCCGAUCGCCUAGCAAGCAACAAGCUAGCUGGCUAGGCGAGAGAGUAUACUCUCCGAUCGAUCGAUCGUCUUCUCUCCUCUCCUCUCCAAACGUGGCCGGCGAUGAUGGGGCGGCGCGGCAGCUGCUGGGUGGCGCUGGCGCUGCUGCUGGCCGUCGUGGCGGCCGGCGGCGUGGGCGGCACCAGCGUCAGCUACGACGAGCGGAGCCUGGUGAUCGACGGCCAGCGGCGCAUCCUCAUCUCCGGAUCCAUCCACUACCCCAGGAGCACCCCCGACAUGUGGCCUGAUCUAAUCAAGAAGGCCAAGGAAGGUGGCCUAGAUGCAAUCGAGACUUACAUCUUCUGGAAUGGUCAUGAGCCCCACCGUCGUCAGUACAAUUUCGAGGGGAACUAUGACGUCAUCAGGUUCUUCAAGGAGAUACAGAAUGCUGGCAUGUAUGCCAUUCUUCGCAUCGGCCCAUAUAUCUGCGGUGAAUGGAACUAUGGAGGACUUCCUGUUUGGCUGCGUGACAUCCCUGGAAUGCAGUUUAGGCUGCAUAAUGAGCCUUUUGAGAAUGAGAUGGAGACUUUCACCACUCUCAUAAUCAACAAGAUGAAGGAUGCCAAAAUGUUCGCAGGGCAAGGAGGCCCAAUCAUUCUUGCUCAGAUUGAGAAUGAGUACGGGAACAUCAUGGGAAAACUAAACAACAACCAGUCUGCGUCCGAAUACAUCCACUGGUGUGCGGACAUGGCGAACAAGCAGAACGUCGGUGUCCCAUGGAUCAUGUGUCAGCAGGAUGAUGAUGUGCCGCACAAUGUGGUCAACACUUGCAAUGGAUUCUAUUGCCAUGAGUGGUUUCCAAACAGGACUGGCAUCCCCAAGAUUUGGACAGAGAAUUGGACCGGCUGGUUCAAAGCAUGGGACAAGCCUGACUUCCAUAGGUCAGCUGAAGACAUUGCUUUCGCGGUUGCGAUGUUCUUCCAAAAGCGUGGAUCUUUGCAAAACUACUACAUGUACCAUGGUGGGACCAAUUUUGGCCGUACCUCAGGAGGCCCAUACAUCACAACUAGCUAUGACUAUGAUGCGCCUUUGGAUGAGUAUGGUAAUCUCAGGCAGCCCAAAUAUGGCCACUUGAAGGAGCUACACUCAGUCCUCAAGUCCAUGGAGAAGAUUCUUGUCCAUGGGCAGUACGUCGACACCAACUAUGGCAAAAACGUCACGGUCACAAAGUACACUCUGGACAAGUCCUCUGCUUGUUUCAUCAACAACCAAUUCGAUGAUAGGGAUGUGAAUGUGACACUUGAUGGAAGCACUCACCUCUUGCCUGCAUGGUCUGUUAGUAUCUUGCCUGACUGCAAGACUGUUGCCUUCAAUAGUGCCAAGAUUAAGACCCAGACAUCUGUCAUGGUGAAGAAGCCUAAAUCAGUGAAGCCAGAGAGCCUAAAAUGGUCAUGGAUGCCUGAGAACUUGAGACCCUUCAUGACCGAUGAAAAGGGCAGCUUCAGGAAGAACGAGCUCUUGGAACAAAUCACAACAUCAACUGACCAAAGCGAUUAUCUGUGGUAUAGGACAAGCCUUAACCACAAGGGAGAUGGGAGCUACACAUUGUACGUGAACACAACUGGCCAUGAACUUUAUGCCUUUGUCAAUGGAAAGCUUGUUGCACAAAACCAUUCUGCCAAUGGUGAUUUUGUCUUCCAACUCAAGUCGCCAGUGAAGCUUCACGACGGCAAGAACUACAUCUCUCUCCUGAGUGCCACCGUUGGCCUUAAGAACUAUGGACCUUUGUUCGAGAAGAUGCCUGCUGGCAUUGUCGGAGGCCCAGUUAAGCUAAUCGACAACAAUGGCACCCAGAUUGACCUCUCCAACAGCUCAUGGUCUUACAAGGCUGGGUUGGCCGGUGAGUACAGGCAGAUUUAUCUUGACAAGCCUGCCUACAAAUGGGACGGUCACAAUGGCACCAUCCCUAUCAACAGGCCAUUCACUUGGUACAAGACGACGUUCGAAGCUCCCGUCGGCGAGGACGCGGUGGUGGUGGACCUCCUGGGCCUCAACAAGGGCGUCGCGUGGGUCAACGGCAACAACCUCGGCCGCUACUGGCCCUCGUACACGGCGGCGGACAUGGCCGGCUGCCACCGCUGCGACUACCGCGGCGCCUUCCAGGCCGAGGGCGACGGCACCAGCUGCCUCACCGGCUGCGGCGAGCCCUCCCAGCGCUUCUACCACGUGCCCCGCUCCUUCCUCCGCGCCGGCGAGCCCAACACGCUCGUGCUCUUCGAGGAGGCCGGCGGCGACCCCUCGGAGGUCUCCCUCCGCACCGUGGCGCCGGGCGCCGUCUGCGCCUCCGGCGAGGCCGGCGACGCCCUGACGCUGUCGUGCGGCGGCGGCGCCAGGACCAUGUCGAGCGUCGACGUGGCCAGCUUCGGCGUGGAGCGCGGCCGGUGCGGCGCCUACGAGGGCGGCUGCGAGUCCAAGGCGGCGUACGAGGCAUUCGCGGCGGCGUGCGUGGGCAAGGAGUCGUGCACCGUGCAGAUCACCGGCGAGCUCGCCGGCGCCGGGUGCGUGUCCGGCGUGCUCACCGUGCAGGCCACUUGCUGAUUAUCCAAUCUACGUGAAGGUCUUUAGUUAUUAGUUAAUUAGGUAUUAAUUAGUCGCUUAAUUAAUUAGGUUGUGGUUAGUUAGUUAGUUAAUUAAGCUGGUAGGCACCCCUGGUGCAUGUGUGCUAUCUUAUGAUGGUUAUAUUGGGACCAGAUUAUCUCAUCUAUAUAUACUUUUUAUCAUCGAGUGGUAUAAAAGUGUUUCCUUUAAUUAUUAGAAUUAUUUGGUUAGGCUAUAAAUUAAAAUGGGUGACAACUUUUUCGUCUUCUGGCUUAGUCUUACAUGGAGAAGCUUAUCAAAAUAGUUUCCUCUUCACCCGAAAU